AUGACGACGGCGUCGCGGCGGCUGGCCCACCGGGCCUGGACGUCCUACAACAACUCACUCGUCGAGAGGCCCAUCCUCACGAAGAGCCUCGUCUCCCUCGCGGGCUUCGGCCUCGGCGACGCGCUCGCCCAAAGCGUCACCAAGCGGCCAGAAGAACCCUUCCGCUGGGACCGCACCCUCAGCAUGGCGGGCUACGGCUUCGUCGUGGGCGGCCCGCUCGGCCACUACUGGUUCGGCGCGCUCGACAAGUACGUUCUCCCCUCGCGGCCCACGAGCCCCGCCGCGGUGCUGGCCAAGGUCGGGGCCGACCAGCUCCUGCAGGCGCCGUUCGGCAUGGCGUGCUUCUACGCGUGGGACACGAUGGCGAAGCACGGCCGCGAAGGGUUCGAAGAGGAGUUCCCCCGGGCCGUCCGCGAGACGCUGCCCGUGGCUCUACAGGCCUCCUGGACGAUGUGGCCAUUGGCUCAUUUGAUCAACUUCCGCUACAUCCCGUCGUCGCAGCGGAUGCUCUACGUGAACGCCGUCGCGCUGGUCUGGACGUCCAUCCUGAGUUACGUCUCGAACAAGCCCAGUGAGCCCGCGCCGUACGAGGAGGUCGGGAAGCUUGCGCCCCAGGAGCUCUGA